UGAAAACAGACAGCGCAAAGUCUUAUCGCUUGUUCUCAAGGUAGACGGAAAACUAGCCUACUCGAGCAGCGGAGUGAAAUUCCCACCCCCGGUCCGGUUCACUUUCUCACCCGCUCAUUUAUGGAUAAGACGUGUCUGACUUGACGCUCUGAUGAUCGGAUGCACCAAACGGUCGUCCGCGUGCAUUUUCGGAAAACUUUUCUCGUUGACGUUUAUUUAUUAAGAGCCGCCUGUGCGUGUCCUCUGCGAUUACACAAGCGUUCGUUUGAUUAUUUUUGCUUACACACUCUCGCCCUGCGCAGCUCCUCUGUCUGACUGGAACUUUUUCCAAGUAAUUCGUCGAUGAACUUGUUGCGGUGAGUCACCUUUAAACCCUCACGGGGUGUGUGUUGUACUCUGUUUCUAGACUAUUGAGGUUCCGUUCGGGUUGAUGGAGGCUUGCGAGUCGCCAGACGCAGUUUUUCACGGAUCUUACCAAAGCGUUUUUCAAAACGUGCACGUAAAGAGAGCGAACACCGAGAGUUUGGACAUUUCUAGCUCCAAGAAGUGCGGCUUCCUGCAGGAGACCGCGUCGAGGGAAAUGCGUUUAAGCAAGCUGUCCCCCCGCAGAGGAAUACUAUGCUCCCCCGAAAAAGAGUGCGAGAGUACGAUUUCGGUAAUACAGGUAGCGGCAAGCCGUAUUAAUUUUCUCAAGAGUUCAACAGUAAGCAAAAGCGACUCAUCUCUGUCAUCUAGCGGCUCGGGCCUCGCAGACGCUACCGAAAGCAGCGACAGUCGCGCAGGUUUCCUUCGGGGCGCUGAGAGCGGACAGAAGGGCUACGGUGCAGCUGAAGUUCACAAGCACCAGUUGGGCUCGGGCCGUGACGCAAGUGUGGCGAGUAGUAGUCGCGCAUGCAGUAGCAGCAUCACCAUUUCGGAGACAGCGCGAGAGCUGUGCAAAGCCGUGUCAGUGUCUUUGGGCUUAGCUAUGGAGUCCAGCGAACUAGGCGAGGUGGGACCGCACCAUGCACCGCCACUGACCACUGAAAGUAGUAGUGAUGAAAUGUAUAUGCCUUUGCUCGAUUGCUCAGUGAGCGAACCUGGGGCAGCAGCGAAAGACAGAGAGUACGCUCUCGCGAUGGGACAGAGAGACAGAGGCUUAGAGCUGCGAGGCAGGGACAAAGUGCUCGGGAUGUUUAAAAGUGGCGAUCUGGUGCAGCUAGCAGGUGAGGUGACAACCUUGCAGUACAGCAACGCGUCUAGAUCACACUUAACAUCAGGUGUGCAGGAGGUGCAUGAGUUCGCCAGCAUGUCCGGGGACAUUGCCAACCCGAGUUCAGAAGGUACGGCAGCGACGACAGCAUCGGGUAUGGACGCGACGCACGCAGCUUCGUGCCAGUUCGAACAACUGUUGCCCGCGAGCAUGGCCCAUUUCGUCCACCCGGAGUUCGAAAACGGACCGAGCCAAAGCUUCGCGAAGCCCUCGGCGAUGUCCGGGGAGUUUACGGAGCCCGUGGAGAAUUACGUGAAUCACUAUAAUGUCAAAAUUAAGGCAGAGAUGAUGCCCCGUGAACUGAAUGACACCUGGGCGUACCCGCAUAGGUACGCUGAUGACUCUAAUGGACAGUACGGGCCUCCAAAACAGAGGAUCACUUACGCUACUGACCAUGAAACGCCGUUUAUUUGUAACCCAUACGAGUACGGCCAAAGCGGGUCUCUGGUUCCGCGGGAGCGACCUCAGCCCGAACAGUGGUACCCGGUCGGGAUGUUGGCCCGUCCCCCGUACCCUAACGUGCCCUGCGUAAAAAACGAGGUGGGCGAAUGGCUGGAUGUAACAUCGUUAACAGAUGGCAGGUUUGAUGGGGGGAGGAGUGACAUUUUCCCAAUGGAGUUUUUCCUUCCUCCUCAAAGGACAUGCCUAAUCUGCUCUGAUGAAGCAUCUGGAUGUCACUAUGGAGCCCUCACUUGCGGAAGCUGCAAAGUGUUCUUCAAGAGAGCUGCUGAGGGGAAGCAGAAGUAUCUCUGCGCUAGCAGGAAUGACUGCACCAUAGAUAAACUGAGGAGGAAGAACUGCCCGUCCUGCCGUCUGAGGAGGUGUUUUGAGGCUGGGAUGACCCUGGGAGCCCGCAAGCUGAGAAAGAUUGGACAGAUGAAAGGUCCGGAUGAGGUCGGCUCCGUUCAGGGCCCGUUAGAGACUGUCCAGUGCCUGUCGCCCAAGCCCUGCCUGACGUUCCACUCGCAGCUGAUCUUCCUGAACAUCCUGGAGGCCAUCGAGCCAGAGGUGGUGAACGCCGGCCACGAUCACGCUCAGCCUGACUCGGCAGCUGCUCUCCUCACCAGCCUUAACGAGUUGGGAGAGAGGCAACUUGUCAAGGUAGUGAAAUGGGCCAAAGGACUUCCAGGUUUCCGUAACCUGCAUGUGGAUGAUCAGAUGACAGUCAUACAACACACUUGGAUGGGAGUGAUGGUCUUUGCUCUGGGUUGGAGAUCCUACAAGAACGCCAAUGCGCGGAUGCUGUAUUUCGCUCCAGACCUGGUCUUCAAUGAUCGUAGGAUGCAUAUCUCCAGCAUGUACGAGCACUGUAUUCAGAUGAAGCACCUCUCACAGGAGUUUGUGCUGCUGCAGGUCACACAGGAAGAGUUCCUCUGCAUGAAGGCCCUCCUCCUCUUCAGCAUCAUUCCAGUGGAGGGGCUGAAGAGUCAGAAGUAUUUUGAUGAGCUGCGUCUGACAUAUAUAAACGAGCUUGAUCGUUUAAUCAACUAUGGCAGGAAGACCAACUGUGCCAUGCGCUUCCAACAGCUGACCCGAUUGAUGGACUCACUGCAACCAAUUGUUCAGAAGUUGCACCAGUUCACCUUUGACCUCUUUGUCCAAGCCCGGUCCCUGCCCACAAAGGUCAGCUUUCCCGAAAUGAUUGCAGAAAUAAUCUCGGUCCAGGUGCCAAAGAUCCUCGCCGGCCUGUCUAAACCAAUCCUGUUUCACAAAUGACAUGACUACGCCCCUGUACCACUGAUCCAUACCAACCCCACCCAGGCCAUAUAAGCCAGUCUGUUCGGCCUGAUCCAGUUUGAUCCAGCCUAAACCAGCCUACGAUGCUUUUAAUGUGGACUCGAAUCGAGCGAUGAGACUGAAUAAUACAGAUUUUUUGAUUUCUAACCUCCCUGCAUCCCUCCCUCCCUUUCUAUAUCAGUCUCGUCUCCCUCGUUUUGAAAAAUGGCCCUGAAAAGUAGCGGGACCAUUACAUCAUUACAGUUGUCUAUCUUCUCCUCAGAGAUCAUUUGAGCUCAUUUUCUCAAACUGACAGCACGGUUUUGUUCUUUCUUUCGACCAGCAGUUAUCCUUCAAGAGUUACAGCGUGUUGCCCGGUGGAUAUGUUGGAAAAAAUAUCACUGAAGUUUCACCCGAGCCCUUAAUCAAAAAAAAAGAAAAAAGAAAA